AUGGCCAGGGGUAAUAAGAAAAGGAAUGAGGAGAAUGGAGUUGUAAUCACCGUUUACGUUGAAUCAUCCGCAAUCCCUUCACGUUACAAUCGUCCCAUCCAUGCCGGAAAGCCUAAAGCUUCAACAAAAUAUGGUAACGAUCGACGGGCACAGCUCCUGGCCCAUGCUCAGCGGCUAAGGCGUGCUGAGUCCAACGAGUUGGAACGGCCCAGAACCAAAACAAGGUCCAAGCGGAAGCCCAAGAAGUGGGGAUGGACGCCUUCUUCAGCAAAGCUCCGGGGAUCCUUUCGUCGCAUUUUCAUGAAAAGGGAAAGGGGUUACGAGCGUAUAGUAACGGAAACUAUCAAUCUCAACAAAAGAAAGAGCACAACCUGGAGGGAUUCCAUCUUUUGCAGGAGAUUAUUGAGGAUGGUAAGAGGAUGUUAUGGAAAGGGGGAAAACGUAUCAUCAACAUUGUGAUGUUUAGGCCGCAAAUUCAGUUGGAAUUAAGAUGGGGAAUCCAAAGCUCUGAUCCUCUUAUUGUGGGUUGUUGUUGCACCUUACAAGGUCUUUUGGUAUGAUCCACCUGUUGGGUUUGAUUUGUCCUGGCAGAUCCAAAAUCCUUUGGAAUCUAACAAUUUUACUGGCCAAGACGAGAGAGCAGGAAAUCAGAAAGUAAUCAAAUGAAUUCAGUACGAAAAAAUUGU